CCCCCAUGCCCCCCCAUGCCCCCCCAUGCCCCCCCGUGCCCGGCAGGGCUGCUGAUGGCGCUGGACGUGCCGCAGGAGCGGGGCCUGGCGCGGCUGGACGCGCGGUUCCUGGAGGGGCUGCAGGUCUGUCGGUUCCCCCUGUUCCCGGCGCUGCAGCCCCUGCCCCUCGACUGGAUGUACCUGCUGGGGGGCAUCAUGGCCCUGGGGGCUCUGGGGGUGAUGCUGGGCUGUUGCUACCGGCUGAGCUGCCUGGCCUUCCUGGGGCCCUACUGGUACCUGCUGCUGCUGGACAAGACCUCCUGGAACAACCACUCCUACCUCUACGGGCUCCUGGCCUUCCAGCUGGCCCUGAUGGGCGCUGACCGCUACUGGUCGGUGGACGGGCUGUUCCGGCCCCAGAAGAGAAAUGCCCACGUCCCCCUCUGGAAUUACGCCCUCCUGAGGGCCCAGAUCUUCAUCGUUUACUUCAUCGCGGGGCUGAAGAAGCUGGAUGCUGACUGGGUGGGGGGCUGGUCCAUGGGGACCCUCGCCCGCCACUGGCUCUUUGCACCCUUCAGGCUGGUGCUGUCGGAGCAGGGCACCAGCCGGCUGGUGGUGCACGGGGGGGGGCUCCUGCUCGACCUCUCCGCCGGGUUCCUGCUCUUCUUCGACGCCUCCCGGCCCCUGGCCCUGCUCCUCACCUCCUACUUCCACGCCAUGAACUCCCAGCUCUUCAGCAUCGGGAUGUUCCCCUACACCAUGCUGGCCAGCAGUGGGCUCUUCUGCCACCCCAGCUGGCCCCGCAGGCUGGUGGCCCGAUGUCCCCUCUGGCUCCGGGGGGGGCUCCCCACCCUGCAGCCCCCCCAGCCCAGCCCUGACUGCUACUACGGGAGGGGGAAGCAAAAAGGGGGGGCUCCCCGGGGGGGCCUUCGGCCUCGCCAGCACUUGGCCACAGCCUUCACCCUCCUCUACGUGCUGGAGCAGCUCUUCCUGCCCUACUCACACUUCAUCACCCAGGGCUACAACAACUGGACCAACGGGCUCUACGGUUACUCCUGGGACAUGAUGGUUCAUUCCCGCUCCCACCAGCACGUCAAGAUCACCUACAAGGACGGGCUCACUGGGGAGGUGGGCUACCUCAAACCAGGGGUUUUCACCCAGAGCCGGCGCUGGAAGGACCACGCAGACAUGCUGAAGCAAUAUUCUACCUGCCUCAGCCAGCUCCUGCCCCUCUACAACGUGUCCCAGCCCCAGAUCUACUUUGAUAUCUGGGUCUCCAUCAAUGACCGGUUCCAGCAGAGGCUGGUGGACCCUCGGGUGGACCUGGUGCGUGCCCCCUGGUCGCCGUGGCACCCCACGCCCUGGGUGCUGCCCCUGCUGCUGGAACUGUCCCCGUGGCGGCAGCGACUGCAGGAGCUGCAGAGCGGGCUGGACGGACACACGGACGCCGUCUUCAUUGCCGACUUCCCGGGUUUGCACCUGGAGAACUUCGUGAGCGAGGACCUGGGGAACACCAGCCUGCGGGUGCUGCAGGGAGAGGUGCUGGUGGAGCUGGUGAAGCAGCAGCAGAACUUCUCCCUGCAGCAAGGGCAGGGGAUGCAGCUGCCAGCAGGGCAGUACCACAAGGUGCACACAGUGUCCCCCGAGCCCUCCUGCUACAUGUACCUGUAUGUCAACACCACGGCCCUGGAGCUGGAGAAGAACCUGACGCAGCUGGAGGAGCUUCGGGACCGGCUGCAAAACGGCACCGCGCAGGGCCCGGUGCCCCCCGAGCUGCGGCCCCUCCUGGGGGAGCCCCCGGGCCCGGGCGCGGUGGCGGCGCCGCUGGUGACGCGGCUGCUGGAGCGGGAGCGGCGGCGGGAGCAGCGGGAGCGGCGGCGCCGGGAGGGGCCGGGGCUGCGGCUGCGGCGCUUCCUGCACCACAAGUACCGCCUGUUCCGCCGCAGCCUCCUGAUGACUCUGAUCUCCGUGCGGAACUUGGUCCUCGGCCGCCCCCCCCUGCACCAACUGGCCCAGGAGGUCGCGUUCGCCAACGGGGGCAGGGAGGAGGAGGAGGAGCAGGACGGGGAGGGGGCGCGGGGGGGCCCCGAGCUCUGAACACCCCAAUAAACGGCCUGAAGUGCC